AUGCGUUCAACAACAAGUCCCGUGAGCCUUCGCUCACUAGCCGUUGUCUUUGCCCUCCUGCCCGCCAUCGCCCUCGCACACCCCACCGCAACGCCCACUCCCGCUCCUACAGCCUCACCUGCACCCAGCUCCAGCUCCAGCUCGAGCUCCAGCACGGCAGCGACGACAUCGGUAUCAUCUGCUUCAUCCACCAUCACCGGCACGCCCGCAUACUGCACGACGGCAACACCGCAGUCCAAGUUCAGCAUCCCCACGGGCACCACCCGCCCCGUCCCGCCCCUCCCCUGCACCGGCGCCUACGAUGCAGAGAAGGGCGUGUGCUGCAAGUCCACCGACCCCAACUGCAGCGGCAGCGGCGUCGAGUGGCAGCUUCCCUUGGCCCCCUGCGUGACCUCGAACCCGCUGUACAACGGCUGCCCGGGCAACAUGCUCAACAACGUGUGCUGCGAGAGCGCCCGGGUCGCCUUUGUCGACGGCAAUGUCAGCUGCGAGAACGGGAGGAGUUUGUUCACAGUCAUGACGAGCGCCGACAAGACCGUCACGAGCUCCUUCGGCCCGGCCACCACCACCCCCGGGCCGAGCACAUCUCAAACUCCUCCCAGCGCGAACCCGGCCUCGUCGACGAUCCAGUCCACCACCACGACUGGUGGGAUCCAGUCCACCACCAAGACUGGUGGUGCUUGGAUGCCUGCGCCGACGGGUGCGGCACCUGUUGCUGCCAUCCUCGGUAUGCUUGGGGCUGUGGCUGCUUUGUAA